AUGGAACUGGGUCUUGAGAGAGACCAGACUCUCCCUCUGACAACGGGAAGAGUCCUUCAGGGCAAUCAGACCCAGAGACGCCCAAAGCAAAAGGAGGACUGCUCCCACUGUGGAAAGAGUUUUACCAAGUUAGGGAACCUGAAUAGGCAUGAGAGGACACACACAGGAGAAAAACCUUUCCAAUGCUCCCAGUGUGGAAAGAGUUUUAACGAACUAGGGUACCUAUUAAUACACAAGAGAAUACACUCUGGAGAGAAGCCUUACCACUGUUCCAAAUGUGGAAUGACUUUUACCUGGUUAGGGAGCCUGAAAACACACAAGAGAAUACACACGGGAGAAAAUCCUUUCCUAUGUUCCCACUGUGGAAAGAAUUUUACCCAGUUAGGGAACCUAAAUCGGCACAAGAGGACACACACAGGAGAGAAGCCUUAUCACUGUUCCCAGUGUGGAAAGAGUUUUAGGGGUUUAGUGAGCCUGAAACAGCAUGAGAGGACACACACAGGAAAAAAGCCUUACCAAUGCAUCACAUGUGGAAAGAGAUUUACCCAGUUAAAGUCCAUGAAAUUACAUGGAGGAAUACAUACAGGAGAGAAACCUUAUCAAGGUUCCCAGUGUGGAAAGAAUUUUAGGAGUUUAGUGAACCUGAAACAGCAUGAGAGGACACACCCACAAGAAAAGCCCUACCAAUGCUCCCUGUGUGGAAAGAGUUUUACCAAGUUAGAGGGCCUGAAUAAGCAUGAAAGAAUACAUACACAGGAGGAGAAGAAAUACCACUGCUCUCAAUGUGGAAAGAUAUUUUCCCAGUCAGAGGACCUGAAAUCACAUGAGAGAAUAGAGAGACUGUGUUCUGACUUGUGUUUUUGACUGAGAAUUUGUGUUUUUGUUUUACACAUUAAAAUCAUAUUGUUUAAAUACAAUACGUACAAUACGGAGGUAAAUGAAAAUAUAUUUGCCCAAAUGAGGAAUCUGGGAUAAUUAGCUUCUUUAAAAAAUUGUUUUUGCUGUGUAUGGUUUCAAAUCACAAGCUUGUAGGCUUAUUCCUAUUUGGGUAGUGCGUGUGGCAAUAGACCUCGUUGAUUAUUGAGUUGCGGCUGUCAGUGAAAAGCAUCUCAAAUAGGUGUGAAGAUAAUGUCUCUUGAGGAUAAUUUAAAAUGUUGAGACGAGGAGAAGGGGAGGGUUGUGUGGUGAAGAUAUAGGUGAGUAUCUCUUCAGAAUGUCCUCCGCUGGCUUCCACCAAUUCUUGCUCCUUCGUUGUUUCAUUGUGUGAAUUGAUUGCCCUUAGAUUGAGUUUAUUAUAUCAAUUCCCCUUUACAAAUGUCACCAGUAGUAAAUGUACCGUUACUUCCUGUCAUUUGGUUACAUUAUUUUCUGUUAAUACAUGUAUUAAUUACAGUCAUUUACCGUUGUCAUUCUCGGAGUGGAAACGUUGUCUGUUCAAAACCUGCUACAGUUUUAUUCAGUUAGGGAGCCUGAAGGAGCAUGAGUGGGCAAACACAGGAGAAUAGCCUUACCACUGCUCCCAGUGUAAAAACUGAUUUUCAAGAGUAGGGGGGGGGGGGGGGGCUAAAAGCUCAUGAGGACACACACAGGAGAAAAGCCUUUCCAAUGUUCCUAGUGUGGAAAGAGUUUUACCUGGUUAAGGAGCCUGAAGGAGCAUAAGAGGGCACACACAAUAAAUUAAAAAAAGUCCAACCACUGCUCUCUCUGUGUGGAAGGACAUUUUCCCAGUCAGAGAACCUGAAAUCACAUGAGAGAAAAGAAAGGCUAUAUUCUGACUUAUAUUUUUGACUGAGAAUGUGUUUUUGUUUUGUGCCACAUGAAAUCAUAUUGUUUAUACCUGUCUAUAUAAGGUUCCACAGUUGGCAAUGCAUGCCAGAGCAAAUUCCAAGCCAUGAGGUUGAAGAAAUUGUCUGUGGAGCUCAGAGACGGGAUUGUGUCGAGGCACAGCU